AUGCAUCUCGAUGGAUUUACAGCAAGAAGCUUAGUUGCCAUGGGAAUGCUGCUGAUGAUGAUGAAACGGGUCUCAGCGCCGUCACCACUAUCAGCGGACUUGUGCAGGGGCCCGGCGCUAGCCAGGGGAUCUCCGGCCGUGGAACAGGUUGUGCACAAGCCGAAUUCUUUGUCCGAACGAGGUACGAGACCGACAUAUGGCCGUUAUUUGCAAGCGCUGCCUUGGCUGGACCCCGGUGCACAACCCUUUAUGUGA